CCGAAAGAAAAUGCCGAGAAAAUGAUUGGAGUGGUUUUUAAUUGAACAAAAGUGUAAUUGAUGGAAGGUGACAUAUUUUCUGGCAUUGACAAUGGUAACCAAAUAGAUGACAAGGUAUUGCAGACAUUUCAGAAGAGCUUUGUGCAAGUCCAAAACAUUUUGGACCAAAACAAGUUGUUAAUCAAUGAGAUUAACCAGAACCAUGAAUCAAAAAUCCCCGAUAAUUUGACUCGAAAUGUGGGUCUAAUUCGAGAGCUUAACAACAAUGCGAGAAGGGUUGUGGAUCUUUAUGCAGAUCUAUCAAGCUCUUUUGCAAAAUCAAGGGAAGCUUCAUCCGAAGGGGAAUCCGGUGGAACUACCAAAUCAGAUGGAAAGGGUGGCCAGAAGAGAAUAAGGUCCGGGUAAUUGAUCGAAACUGAGGUCUUGAACUGAUAUAAAUUGAUUAGAUGUUGAGAAUUUUAUCAGUUUCAGUGAUUUGCCUUUUGGAUUUGCUUAAAAAAUGCCAUAACUAGAAAUAACAGUUCAAUAUAGCCAUCAUUGUAAUUGUGUUUAGAUGUUUUUCUCAUUGGAAUCAAGCAUGACUCUCCUUUGUUGCCAAGUAUUCUAUUUUGAUAUCUAUAUUAGUUCUACUUGAUUUUGUGUA